CAAGAGAUUCAUUUCUUUGCUGCCCCUAGCGGUCAGGCCCGGCACAAACAACAUGACAGAGCCCCGAACUUUCCUCUCGAGAACGAGUAACAAGGUGAAAACACAGCGACCUGGCUGCUCCUUGCGGCGUGAAACCGACUGUCAGCAGCUCUGAGGCAGCCGAACUACUUCUGAAAGUAACACGUGACUCGACCCCGCCCCUCCUCUUGCCGUUUCUAUAUCCGCUGCGUUCCACGCCUCCUCCUCAUUUCUGCCAUUUAUUUCCUGUUACGCCCGGAAGAGGCUGUAAUAUCUGUCAGGGUGUGAGGAUGUCGGAACUACGGGAGAUGCUGAACCGCUUGCAGGAGGUGGACAGGCGGCUGUACGGGCGGAGCGGGGCCGAACCCAGGAAGGUGGCAGUUGGGCUGCUGAAAGCUCAAGUGGCACUUGGGAAUAUCGCUGCCAAACGUGAGCGAGUAAAGACUCUCUAUAAGAAAAUUGAAGACCUGAUGAAGUAUCUGGAGCCUCAGUACAUCGACAGAAUUGCCCUUCCUGAUGCCAUGAAGCUGGAGUUCAUCUUGGCAGAGGAGCAGUACAUUGUGGCACAGGCGGAGCUGCUGGAGCAACUGCACAGUCUCACCUCAUAUCUGGACAGUGAUCACAUCACAGUUCCAGGCCAGGCCUCCCGGCUCCAGACUCUCUCCCAGAUCCACAUAAAGCAGCAGGAUCAGAGUGAGGAGAUCACAGGCGAAACCAAACGGCUGCUAGAGGAUUAUAACAAGAUGGCUGUUCUCCUCUCCAAGCAGUUUGUACUGUGGGAUGAGACUGUGUCCCAGCUGGAAGCUGCAAAGCAACCCAAGAACCUUCCAGAAUGAGCGCUGCCCUGCUGGUUAUAGCUGCUGCUGUUGCACUAUAACCUAUAGACUGUCCUGUGACUCCUCCCCCUGCACAUGGCCCCGCCCUGCUCUUCACUGGGGAUAGAGUCCAGGUCCCACUGCCAGGAUUGGUCUCUGUGAUAAAGAGGGGGAGGGGCCCCAGGUAUAAAAGAUUGCAUCUGUAUUUGGGGUGCUGUAUAGAAAGUGUGGGGGUUCCAUUACUAGUCUAUAUAAGAUACAGCUGAUCUGUACCAGGGCCCAUAGACGAUCAGAACCCCCAGAUCCCAAUGCAGCGAGGGCCAUUUACCCCUUUUAUUCUAGGGGGGGGGAUCUGGGAACUGAAUUUGGCUCCCAACUUUAAUAUCAGGGGCCACCUGAUUGUAUCUGUCCCACCCUUGGCAAACCCUACUUUAUUUAUUGCUAUUAUAUACCCCCCCCCCAUCUGUCAUUUAUAUGGAUGCACCCCCCACAUGCUCAAUAAACUCCAUGUAACCAUA